AUGGUCCAUUCAGUUUGUGAAUUUCGGAAUGAAAGUUCGCGUCUGCUGUCGAGAAACCAGCCUUGGCAAAACGAGAUACUGGAAGUUCGUGUUUUAAGAGGGGGACCUCAACCUAUUGGCAUCGGCAUCUGUGAUGUUAUCUCGGGAGACAUUGUGCUGUUAGAGAAGGAAGACCAAGUUCCUGCAGAUGGUUUGCUCAUACCUAUUGACACUAGAUCCUUGGAAGUGAAUGACAAAGCUGAUCCCAUCAUCAAUGAUCAGAACCCAUUCUUGUUUUAUGGUUCCAAAGUAAUUGAUGGUGCUGGCAAAAUGCUGGUGACCUCGGUCGGUGCCGAGACAAAGUUGGGAAAUAUGUCGAGGAGAGCUCAAACAUCAAAAAGGACACCAGUAGAGAAGCAACUUAACAAGCUGAGCACAAUGAAGCAAAUAAUCAGUGUUGUCAUCUUGAUAAUCAUCAGUGUGGUGCUGUUUUUGCGGUUCAAUCUCAAGAAGGAACAUCAAAACUCGGGCCUGCCGGACUUCUCAGGGAAGCCACAUUCUCUGAAGGAAUUACAUGAAGCUAUAAAGAGAGUUGCUCUAAGACCAUGCGGGAUGUUAAAUAUGCUGACUUCAUUCACUUUGCUGCUAGUUGGGAUAGCUGAAGGACUAUCAUUAACAAUCACCAUUGCCAUCACUUGCUGGAACAAGAGGAUGCUAGGUGACAAGACCUUUGCUCAAGAACCUUCCAUUACGGUCACCAUGGCAUCAGUCACAGUUAUCUGCACUGACAAAACAGGAGGACUACCAUUGACGCCACAAGAAGUGGAAACGUGCUGGAUUGGUAAAGAAGUUAUCAGUGAAGAUUCCAAGGUACCGACUUGUGUUAGGGAAGCACUUUGCGAUGGAAUUGGCGCAUCGUCUUUACUAGCAGAGAACAGCCAAACCUCAAUGGAUAACCCAAUCCUUUCUUGGGCCGCAGAGAAAUGGGGACUGGAAAUGGAAACCUGGAAGCAAAUUCACAGUAUUGCUAAGGUCGAACAGCCAACCCACAACGAGAACAUAGUUGCAGCAUUGGUUGGAAAGGAUGGAGGUAACGGGCCUAGGUUCUUGCACUUCAACGGACCUGCAAAAAUAAUUUUAGAAAUGUGUACACGAUUUUAUGACAUUAAAGGGAUACCAAUGCCCAUGGAUGAAAGGGAAAAGGCAUUUUUUGGAGACGGCAUUGGGAAAAUGCACUCAAACGGUUUCAAAUCCAUUGCAUUUGCUUGUCAGCAAGUUGAUAAAGACGAUAUAACGAUGCUGGGACUAUUGGCGCUGAACAAGACUAGCAGGGAAGAUACAAGAGAGGCGAUAAAUAAAUGUACAGAAGCCGGAAUCAAAGUACUAUUAGUAUCGAGUGAGAAGGUUUCAAUGCUUCCGAGCAUUGCUUCAGAGAUUGAAGUGAUACCGCCUGAUUCAGAUGCACGGGUCAUCACAGGUGAAAGAUUUCGGAAUAGCUCUGUGGAAGAGAGGAAGGACAUGGCAGCUAGAAUUUCUGUGGUGGGGGACUCCCUCCCAUCCGAUGGGGUUCUUCUGGUGAAGUGCUUGAAAGAUCAAGGACACACAGUUGCGGUGGUGGGAAACAGAACAAAUGACAUUCCCAUGCUAAAAGCUGCUGAUGUGGGACUCACAUUUGCUACUUGGAGCGCUGAGAUUGCAAGAAAGAGCGCCGACAUCGUCAUCACGGAAGGCAAUUUCUCAUCCAUCUGGGCCAUAAUGGAGUGUGGAAGAUGCAUAUACAGUAAUAUGCGAAAGUACAUUCAAUUUCAGGUGACUAUGACCUUUGCCGGGUUGUUGAUACCGUUAAUCACGGUUGCCUCUCAUGGAAGUUCGCCUAUAACGACGGUUCAGUUGAACUGGGCAAUCUCAGUUUUGACUCUUCUAGGUGGUCUGGCUCUUUUGAUGGAGCCACCUGGUGAUAUGCUCAUGAAGAAAUUCACAGCUGGAGCACAUAAACAACUCAUUACCAAGGCCAUGUGGGUGAAUAUUUUCAUACAAUCAGCUUACCAGGCAUCUCUUUUGGCAACCAUACAAUCUCAAGGGCCUACAAUGCUCAGGCUUAAAAAGAAGGUAAUUGAGACCGUGAUAUUCAACAGCUUUUUUCUAUGCCAGGUAUUCAACAUGUUCAAUGCCCGAGAGCCCGAGAAGAAGAACAUCUUUGGAGGGGUCCAUCGCGGUAAAUGGUUCUGGGUGGGUGUAGUUGCAGCUUUGUUGUUGCAGGUCGAAUAUCUCGAGACGGCACAUCGCAUUGCAGGUGAUUCAAGAUUGACAUACACAGAAUGGGGAAUAUGUCUGCUCGUUGGGAUAAUCUCAUGGUGCAUUGACUUGGCCGGAAAGUGCAUACUCCUCAUGAUUAAGAAGUGGGUGACAAAGCCACCUGGUUCAGUUGUCGGAGAUAACCGAAACCUAUCCUCGGCUGUCCCAGAACCCGCUUGCAAUCUCGAGCUUCUGCAAGUGAUGUAA